UUUCCCGCCGCACGCAUCUCAGUGGGAGUUGCUGGCGGCAGCAGGUGCAGAAAGGCGGGGUUGUCUAGCCAUCUGCAACUGUGCGGAGCGCAACUGCUUAUCCGCAAACAAGAGCCUCGCUUGAGAGUGGAGGAAUUUAGAGCGACCGGGGCCGGGAAAGGAGCAUACACGGGAGAAACAUUGCUCCUGUAAGUAAGCCUGCUGCUUGCAGGGACUGAGUUCUGCCCAGGAAACUUCCCACCUCCUGAGUGGCAGGACCUCCGUAAGCCUGGCCUCGGGCGUCUGCAGCAAAGAGGGGUGCCUGCAGGGUGUGGGGGUACACACUGCAUAGAAGCCAGAGCUUUGCUGCCUUGUCCCAAAAUGGAUAACGUCCUUCCUGGGGACUCGGACCUCUUCCCCAACAUCUCCACCAACACUUCUGAGUCCAACCAAUUCGUCCAGCCUGCCUGGCAAAUCGUCCUUUGGGCAGCGGCCUACACGGCCAUCGUGGUGACCUCUGUGGUGGGCAAUGUGGUGGUGAUGUGGAUCAUUUUGGCCCACAAGAGAAUGAGGACAGUGACCAAUUACUUCCUGGUGAACCUGGCCUUUGCUGAGGCCUCCAUGGCUGCGUUCAAUACGGUGGUGAACUUCACCUACGCAGUCCACAACGAGUGGUACUACGGUCUCUUCUACUGCAAGUUUCACAACUUCUUCCCCAUUGCUGCUGUCUUCGCCAGUAUCUACUCCAUGACAGCAGUGGCCUUCGACAGGUACAUGGCCAUCAUCCACCCCCUCCAGCCCCGGCUGUCGGCCACCGCCACCAAGGUGGUCAUCUUUGUCAUCUGGGUGCUGGCUCUCCUGUUGGCCUUUCCGCAGGGCUACUACUCCACCACGGAGACCAUGCCCGGCAGAGUAGUGUGCAUGAUCGAGUGGCCAGAACACCCCAACAGGACUUACGAGAAAGCGUACCACAUCUGUGUGACGGUGCUGAUCUACUUCCUGCCCCUGCUGGUGAUUGGCUACGCCUACACGGUCGUGGGAAUCACGCUGUGGGCCAGCGAGAUCCCCGGGGACUCCUCCGACCGCUACCACGAGCAAGUCUCCGCCAAGCGCAAGGUGGUCAAGAUGAUGAUCGUGGUCGUGUGUACCUUCGCCAUCUGCUGGCUGCCCUUCCAUGUCUUCUUCCUGCUGCCCUACGUCAACCCGGAUCUGUACGUUAAAAAGUUCAUCCAGCAGGUCUACCUGGCCGUCAUGUGGCUGGCCAUGAGUUCCACCAUGUACAACCCCAUCAUCUACUGCUGCCUCAAUGACAGGUUCCGUCUGGGCUUCAAACACGCUUUUCGCUGCUGCCCCUUCAUCAGUGCUGGUGAUUAUGAGGGGCUGGAAAUGAAAUCUACCCGAUACCUCCAGACCCAGGGCAGUGUCUACAAGGUUAGCCGCCUGGAGACCACCAUCUCCACUGUGGUGGGAGCCCAUGAAGACGAGGCAGAAGAAGGCCCCAAGGCCACACCCUCAUCCUUGGAUCUCACCUCCAAUGGCUCUUCCCGUAGCAACUCCAAGACCAUGACAGAAAGCUCCAGCUUCUACUCUAACACGCUGGCCUAGAGAGUGGGCAUAUUUUAAGGGCGUGGCCACCAGCCCAUCCUGUGUCCUGACUCAUUUAUUCAUGGAAAUCUUUGAUCUAGAUUCUGUUGGAAAUACCCUAACACUGGAGCUUCUGGAAAGGGUCAUAAUGGUUUAAAGAAAACAUUCCACGCUGUAUUUAACCUGAACUCCUUGUUGUCUUUGUCAACUACCCUCCAUGCUUGUGAGCCAAGGCAGACCAGUGAAUGUCUAUAAAAUGAGAAGGUUAUCCUCCAUUCCCCUACAGGUCAUCCCAUGAUUCCUGAAAUUACUCCAUCUGCAUGCGGGUGCUCAUGUGGGGAGGAAUUCUACAGGGCAGUAAUGAAUCCAGCAGACCUGUUUGCCUGGGGCCCUGUCUUUCUUCAGUAAAGUCAUCCUCAGCCAUCUGCGGGCUAGCUCACACCACUCCAGCCUUCCACAGGACAGUGUGAACAGAAGAAGGUGGCACCUAAAUCCGCUGUCUCUCCACCCAAGCACACAUGGCUAGGACUCACAUCUUUUCGACAUCUCAAUAUUUCAGUUCACUUGAACAUCCCGGGAUUGAGGGCUUUGGGUUCUUCUGCAUCAUGCCCUCCAAUGCAGCGAGCCCCAACUGAAUACGUCUACAGAGGCCAGCUGUACUCUAACCAAGAGUCAGGAUCUGUGCCAGGCUUCACUGAGACUCUUUCCUUCUUUGUAAAGCAACAGGGCUGAACCAAAUACUCUAAGUGCCCCCGUGGGUCUCAGUGUUCCCUUGUUUAACGAGAUAUAUAUUGCUUUGUCUCCUCCCCUCAUGAGCACGUGCAUACACACACACACACACACACACACACACACACACACAAAUAAAAAAAAUCAAAUUAAAAAAAAAAAACAAUGGUGAUCUAAGAAAUACCAGGAGUGGCAAUCCCUAGAGAUGGGUGUAUGUAAAUAUUCUCCCACUGAUUCAAAAACCUUGAUUUAAAAAUCCUUCUCCAGGAAGAUCCUGGUCUUUGACAGAGCAGAGGACUUCUCCAGCAGGCUGCUGCAAGCUUCUUCCAGCUCUGCAAACAGGAGAGUGUGGACUUCCUGCUCUGGCUGUUCGCAUCUUUGCGCAGGGGUCUUAACUCGGAUUUUUCACUUUUUGCGACGUACAGGGUGGAGGGAGGGGGUUGCCCUCUGCAGCACACUCCUGGGAAGAGGAGCCUUUGCAUCUUCUCUUCAGACUCUGAAUCAUGCCCUCCUGCUCCACUUGGCUGGUCUCUGUCUAUAAGAGGUUGAAUGAUCCACCAACCCAAAGGACAUUUAGUCUGCAGAGAGCAGAGAACUGAAAACAUUAUGUGCUGCUAUAGUUUCAGGAUCUCUAGCAGCUGAGCACACUGUUUCUUGUUGUCUCCCAGAUGUAUGCCCUGUCCAGAUGUGGCUGGAAGCCACAGCUUUGUGAACAUCCAUGGAUGUCCUCAUGGUUCAGAUAAUUGGAUGCACACAAGUUCCAUCCAUUAUGUCGGGGGAACAGUGCCACCCAUCACCAGGAUUUAGAGCUUCUUCCAGCCUUGUUGGAUUAAUCCUAUGGGGUAUCAGUAUACCUGGGGGAGUCAAAGAUUGUAUAGAAAUAAUGCAAGCCAGGAAAAAGAGAAGAGAUGCGUAUUCUGCAGAGCAUUAUGGAAAAUAUUUAAUAAACUAAGUAAAGCCCACUCAGUGACAAUCUAUGAGAAAGUAAAAUGGAGGGGCAACAAACGUCAAUGCCCAAAUUGUUAAUUAUACUUCCAAUAAAGAUCGUGCUACAUAUAGAUGCAAAGAAAUAUGGUUAUGAAAAGUACUCAAGAAGACGACAUCCAGCGUUGAGGACUCCCCUUCUGCAGAAGACAAGGUUAGGGUAAAGUUGGCAAGGAUCUAUGGAGCGCCUGCUCUGGUCUUUGCCCUGAGCUGAGGACACACAGCUCCUUCCACCCUGAGGAGCUUCCUGUACCUGCCAUUCCAGAUUGCAUCCGUCCUGGGGAAGCCAGGCCACUCACCAGCCAUGGAGGCAUGGAGAAGCAGAUCCCUCCUAGGGUUUAAAAACCUGACUUUCAAAGUGAGUACUCAAACCAAGGGGUGGGGCUCUCAGAGAGCCUCUGCAAUAGCAGGGCUCUGUGCUGACUCUGAAGAGAGCUGCCAGCCGGCUCAGGGGAGCUAAAGGACAGCGAUAAGAAAUUUCAUUCCUUGCGUAGCACAAGGGAAGAUGAGGUGGACCUGGGUUUGUGGACAUGCCAAAGCAACCCUCAGUGAGACCAGAAAGUUUCUCACUGACCCUCCUCCAAGUCCAUUUAAUUUGUAGAAAUGUCGUCAGUCCCUGUGUGUUGGAACACUGUGGUUUGUGCUCUGUGCAUGGGUCUCGUAUUGAAAUGUGUCGCCCUGUGUUUAUCUCCUGAGUUUCCUUGGUGUGCCCCCAGUAGCAGUAGGCUGGGAGAACCCUGGAGCAUCUCCCUGGCCAUCCUUUCUGUGUUACCUUCACCCUGCAGGAUCCCAGUGCCGUUGGCGUGUUCCUGUUGCGCCAGUCUCCUCCUGCCCCAGUUUCUUCUUGGAGAGGAGCUCUGAAGCGUGCCUCAUUCUCAUGGAGUGGAAGGAUGGGGAAGGGACCUCACAGGCAGAGCAAACACCCUUAAUCCUUCAUCAGAAUGUUCAGGCAAAGGGCUAAGUGGAAUCCUGGGAGAGGAGAGGACUCAGGCCCGAGGAAGAGUGUCCAUAAAGAGGGGUCACUCCUGAGGCAUCUGUGUUUGGGGCCUGGGAUGCUGAAAAGAAUGUCUUCUGGGAAUAAAGUGUGCU